AUGAAUGCUGAACCACCUCAUGCUGGCCCUACACUAUCUAGCGAGGAAUCUGAUCCAUUAUUGUUACCUCUUAUCUUAACAACAGCAUCUUCAUCGUUGAAACCAUUGCGUGAACGCAAUCGAACGAAUCUUAAACGACGCAUCAAUCUGUCACGUAGUCAAGUAUUGAGUACUGAUUUUGAAAACGAAGAUGAUCUCUCAACAGCAAAUAAUCUUAAGAAAACAACAGCAACACCAACAGCAAUAACAAAAAAGAAUUCUCAGACGCUAUCAACACCAACUAUCCAUACACAUACAGAACUUUAUUCUAAAACAAUUAGUCCUAGGACCCCAUCACCUAUACAUACAACAGUGACAUGCAGUCAAGUAUGGGAACGGUUAGCGUCCAAUGAAGAACAUCAAACGUCAACAUCACCUAAACCAACUAUAACACCAACGACUUCAACAUCGAGUUUACCAACACAUAUUUCAUUUUCAUAUGAUUCUAGUGAUAAUGAAGAUGACAGAGAAGAUUUACCGCAUAAUGAUAAAGAUGAUUUUCAAUAUGUACCUGUUAGUAGUCAAUCGAAACUAGUUCAAUUCCAGUUUUUAGCAUUCGCUAGACAACAACAGUUAAAUUUAAAUAGUGAUGAUGAACAAAAACAAGAUAAAAUUGUUGCUCAAAACUUGCUAGAUAGUGAUGAAGAUGACGAAGACGAACAACAGGAAGAACCAGAACAUCGAGAACUAGCAGAAGACGAAGAGCAAGAAAAUCGCAAGUCAAAAAAACGAAAACGAUCAAUAUCAACGGUGACUUUACUCGAUGAUAUAACUGCACUUUCAACAGCGAACAAUGAUACCAAUGCAGCAUCUUCUGUAAGCAAACCACCAUGUACAAAGAAACCCAAAAUAAAAGAUCCUAAUGCAAAUUUUCAACGUUUAAAUAUGAAGAAAAAACAUUUUGCACACGGAAAAAAACAUCAAUUUGGUAAAAAUAAGCGCAAUGCCUUUUAUCGUCGAUCGCGUUAUGCCGGUGGUAAUAAAUAA